GCUGCUGGAAGUAGGCCCCAGUCGCACCACCAAGUUUACUACACAAGUUCUGCUCGCGCCUACUGUCAAGUUCAGUACUUUUUCAAAAUCAUUCAAACCUAGGACAGCCGCUCCAGGGCCUUGUGAAAAUGUCCGAGUCCCCAGAAAACGUCCAGGGAUCGCUAGCUGCCCUGUACGAGUCUCUCCAGACGUCAGUCCUACAGCUGUUCACGGACCCAACCCAACUGUCCCCGGGCCAGGCUGUGCUGGUCGCCGCCUCUGCGCUGUUUGUCGGGGCGGUGGUGUGGACCUGCUGCGGCGGGCAGAGGCGGACAAAAGUCAAGCUAAGGGCAGAGUUUACACCAGGAAAAGUGUACUACCAUGUACCUGGACCACCUGUGAAGGUCAUCCCAAGUCUGACUCCGUUUGGUAUGAAGCUGGAGACAUAUCUGCGUAUGGCCGAUAUUCCGUACGAGCCCAUGUAUGGGAGGAGUAUGGGCCCAAAGGGUAAAAUCCCAUGGAUAGAGUAUAACGGUGAAGCCAUGGCAGACUCUGGUCUCAUCAUGGAGUUCCUGAACAGGGAGAAAGGUGUGGACCUGAACCGGACCCUGAGUGAUGCAGACAAGGCUGUCAGCAGGGCCUUCACUAAGAUGGUGGAGGAGAACACAUACUGGUACGAGGGCUGCUGCCAAUAUUGCAAACUGCAUUUAGCCAUGGGUAUGCCUAAACACCACAUACGACCACAAAUGACCCAGAAACACCACAAACGACUCUAA